AUGUUGCUCCGAAUAAGACAGAACAAAGCAGCACACGGAAAAGCCCUCCCUGUGGCCGCCUUCCUGCCCCCGCGGCGCCAGGACGACAGCUGCCAGGAUCAAUUUCCUUGUUGGGCCUAUCCUGCCAAGGGUGUGGUCGGCCCGGGAAAGCAGUGCCAAGGACGGGAAGGGCGCAGCCGUGGGCGAUCCAGGCAGGAGACCCCAGAAAUCAGAAGGCAGACAGAUUCCAGGCCUGGGAUUCUGGAAGGGGAUUUAAAGGGGCACCAGUGGAGCCUGGAUCGCAGCCGGAGAGACGGCAGAACGCGUACUGGCUGUAGGAGAUGCAGCGGCCGGAACAGGAACAAGACGCAGCGGCUCUGUCUCCUCGCACACCCCGGGCCCUCUGAGGAGUCAGACCCCGCCUGCCCGGGGCUGGCAGCGCCCCUGCCUGCGUCCACAGCGCCCGCCUGGCUCUCCCGGCUCCGCCUGCAGCCUUGCCACCCCUGCCGGCCUGGAGCCACACUUGGCCCUCCUUCCCAGCUGCCCCAGAGCCAUGUCAACACCAGCAUCAAGGCCACAACACACGCACUUGUCAGGACCUGGGUGGCAGCGCCCCCAGAGGGAGGGGCUCUCAGGCCUGGGCACCUGUCAGCCGGAUGGGGCAGGGCCGACCAGGAUAUCUGGCCGUGGCGGCCCCUCUGGAGAACUACAGAGCCCAGCAAUACAUUGGCUUCCAGGAGCGAAGAAGAGGGAAGAGAGGACAAGUGGUUCUGGAGGACUUCCUGGAGGAGGCGGGGUAGAGAUUUGCAUAGUCAACAAAGGAGGAAACUUUCAAGAACACUGCUCUCUGAGCAAUUUCCAGCUGGUGGCUUCUAAAGAGAACAUGACACCACCCGCAUCUGCCUGCCCAGACGCUGAGUUAUCACCGGCGGAAUAAGCCACAUCCAAGGAGAGCCUUCCCCGUCCACCAGCGUUUUGGGAGAAUGCCCGGGACCUGUGCAGGGGAAUCAGAUUCCCCAGCAGCUGCCUUCAAAGGCCGCAGACACUCUAAAAAAGACAAAGAUGGAAUUGAAACUCCCGAGAGUCACCUUGCUGGGGAGACACAAAGAGUGAGGAACAGUGGGGAGGUUCAUGGCCCCGAGUCAGCCCUUCACCGUUUGCCUGGACCAGCCAGAAGGCGUUUGCACCGAGCUGGACGGUGUCCCGGCCCAGCGAGGCCGACAUCUCAGUUCACAUCAGAGGUUAGCAAAGCAGUGCGGUUGGAACACGGAGAUCCUGCCAUGACGGUGGCAGCUUGAGUGGAGGGCCUGCGCGCCCCCAACGCGGCACUGAGCACUGUGAGAGGGGCGGGAGGCUGACAAAGUGACCCAGGGAAAGGUCAGCAGGCAGCCAUGCAGAGUCCAGAGCCAUCAGCUCUGCUCCAAAGGGGCUCUCCCCGCCUAGGGUGGAAUUACAACCUUGAGGACAGAAAACGGUUUGACCGUCCGUAGAUUCUUGCUACCAAAGACCCUCCCAGUGGCCCAUGCCCUCCUCUCACUUGACAAGCUUAAUCCCCCAUGAAGCCCUGCCUUCCAGGAAGUUUGGACGUCUCUGGGCUGAGUCUCUUCCUCGGACCACUCUGACCUCAGGAUUCUCUUCUUUGGUAAGCCAGCUGUCAGCCCACACCUGGACCGCACUGAAUAAUCAUCCUCACCUGGCCAUAGCGUCUAACAGGUCACAACAGCUCACACAGCCACUGUCUGUAACCAAGCCUGACCUCCUUAACCUUCAGCAAAAUCCUCUUUCUCAUGCGAAACAGUGAAAUCAGCCUACUUUGUUGCAACAUGUUUUCAUCAUUUCUGAGAUGUGAUGUCUAUUGUCAUUAGGUGGAAAUGGACAUCUUGGGAAGUCAAAAAAGGAAGAACAUUGGCAGUUUCAAAUGAUACAACUGAUACAUAUGCAAAAUUCACCAAAAUAGAAGUGAACAUAGGAUUUUAAGUGUUCUUCAAAUAAAGCACGCUAGCUAA